UAUGUUCCCAGGGCUUAGCCAGUUCCUAACAAACAGCUGGGACUUAAAAACAGUUUGCUGAGUGAAUGUAUGAAAGAAUCAAUCCAUCUCUCUUCAGUGCUGCACAGCGCAGCAGAUAUCCAGGGUUGAAGGACCACAGGCUUCUACCUGGAGGGCUCAACUCUCCUUAAAAUUCCUGAGAGAUCCUGGACAUGCCAGGAUGUAUUGUGAAGUGGUUACAUUCAGUAGAGGAGAAGACCCAAACACUGUAAGUAAUCCAGGCUUGGGUUGGAAAACAAGGUUGAAGUUACUCAUUAGCAGGUGAAGGAUCAAGGGUCGAGGCAAGGGGGCUGGAAGCAGAGUGGACUGAGCAGCCAGUGGGAGAGAACAGUUAAGACACCAGCCACUCCAGGCAGAGCACCAGCUCCUCCUUCCUGAAGAUGUUCCACCAAAUUUGGGCAGCUGUACUCUACCUCUAUGGCAUUCUUCUUAACUCCAUCUACCAGUGCCCUGAGCACAGUCGAUUGACACCUCAAGGAGUGGAUGGGAAAGAGUUCCCAGAGCCCCACCUUGGCCGGUGGUACUUUAUCGCAGGGGCAGCUCCCACCAAGGAGGAGUUGGCGACUUUUGACCCUGUGGACAACAUUGUCUUCAAUAUGGCUGCGGGAUCUGCCCCCAUGCAGCUCCAGCUUCGAGCUACGAUCCGCACGAAGAAUGGGCUGUGUGUGCCCCGGAAAUGGAUCUACUACCUGUCUGAAGGGAGCACAGAUCUCAGAACUGAAGGCCGCCCUGACAUGAAGACCAAACUCUUCUCCAGCUCAUGCCCAGGCGGAAUCAUGCUGAAAGAGACAGGCCAGGGUUACCAGCGCUUCCUUCUCUACAAUCGCUCACCACACCCCCCAGAGAAGUGUGUGGAGGAAUUCCAGUCCCUGACCUCCUGCCUGGACUUCAAGGCCUUCUUACUGACUCCCAGGAAUCAAGAGGCCUGCGAGCUGUCCAGUAACUGACCUGUGGCUUCAUCUGUGCCCCCAGAUGGAUACAGAAGCUGACAUUGUAGUGGGGGAGAAGCUGGAAAAUCCCAACUCCCUUUCAAGGGUAAUAAAGGUUUUUCAAUCCUCA